CUCAGCGGACUCCCUCAGCACACAGGCUGCCGGGCACUGACGUCCCGUCACCUCCAGAUACGCACCGGAGGAGAGGAGGAUGAAGAACGGCCUGGAGGAGCAGGAGGAGCAGGAGGAGCAGGAGGAGCAGCAGGAGGAGCAGCAGGAGGACCUGGACGACCAGGAGGACGCGUCCCACCUGGAGAUCUUCAUGAGGGACCGGAGGAGAGCCCGCUCCCUGCCGGCGCUCCUCACCCGCGUCUCCGGGAGGAAGCGGGUGCAGUUCGCGGACUCGAUGGGUCUGGACCUGGCCAGCGUCAAGACCUUCAGCACGCUGGAGGAGCCGAGGGUCCCCAGCACGGUGCUGACCCGGCACCGGAGCCCGGACCCCGACCAGAGCCCGGACACCCGGACCAGAGCCCCCGGACCAGAGCGACACCGGGCCUCUCCGCUGCGGGUCUGCCUGGAGGAGGUCAGCGUCUCGCAGGGGGCCGUGCGGGCCCGGGUCCGGGUGCUGGGUGGUGGCCCCGUCAGGGAGGUGGGGAUCAGGUACACCUUCAACGACUGGCGGUCCUACGUGGACGCGCAGGCCGUGCCCGUGGGCCGGGAGCGCUUCAGCGUCACCGCGGUCACGCCGCCGGACGCGGACGUGCACCUGGCCGUGUACGUGAGGAGCGAGGAGGGGGAGCACUGGGACAACAACCAGGGCAGGAACUACACCCUCCACCAGGGCCCGGAGAACUACACCCUCCACCAGGGCCCGGAGAACUACACCCUCCACCAGGGCCCGGAGAACUACACCCUCCACCAGGGCCCGGAGAACUACACCCUCCACCAGGGCCCGGAGAACUACACCCUCCAGCACCACCAGGGCCCGGAGACACGGCCCAGUCCACCUGACCGCUGACCACGAACCAUACAGGAGAACGUGUCUCAGUGUCAACAGCCUACUGGACGUGUCUCUGUCUCACUGCUGCUGUUAGACUCCAUCUGUGGACCAGAAAUAUAGGAUGUGGAACAUUUUCUAAAUAAAACACAGUAUAUUUGUGUGCUCGGCUCUAUAAUUUAAGGUAAUUUACAGAUGAGAACAUCUGUAAAGGCUUUAAGAACUAAAGGCUGAUUCCUGAUCUGUUUUUAAAGCGAAAGAAAAUGUGUCAAUAUCUGUCAGUUAAACCCUGAACGUCUUUUUAAAUGAGAUUUAAAUGAUCAUAACACUGUUUUUAAUAUAGAAACUUGGAUAAUUCCAUAUGUAAAACUCCUUUGAGUCAUGUGAUCAAUCACACAGAUCAUCUUUAAUUAUCUUUCAUGGAUGUAACAUUGAUGCAGUUUGAGUGCAUUGUUUUUAACAGUAGAAUUUAUUUUCAUCCUGUAAGGAAAUGAAUAGAAAUCAGCGGCUGCCUGAAACUGUGGAAGAAUAAAAAAACAUUAAAGUGACUGAAAAAAUGUUAAUCUUUGAUGUUCAGUAAAUGUGAUUCAUAGAAAAUAAUCUAAAACAUGAAAAAACAAAAACACUGGAAUGGUUCUUUAAUCCGCAGAGAGAAGAUUCAGCAGAUCUGUGUCUAAAGGUUGCAGGUUUGAUUCCCUGCAGCCAAACACAUGAAAGAAAACAUGACGUUUUGGAAACGUUAAGGAGAAUAUUAUAGUUUUUAUUCAUAGUUCACUUUGUUUUUAAGGCUUAAAACUGAUGUGAGAGCAGAGAAAAACUUUUUUUUUUAAAGUUUAUAUCUACUCAAGUACUACUAAAGAACAUUUGUGAAGUACUUCUACUUUGUUUGAGUAUUUACAUUUUAAGUUACUUUAUACUUUAUACCUCUACAUCUCAGAGAGUUACUGGACUUCUUACUGCACAAAACAUGAAAACUUGUUGAGUAGUUUAUGAAACUCAUAACGUCUGUCUGUCCUCCUGUCUGUCUGUCUGUCCUCCUGUCUGUCUGUCUGUCCUC